AUGCCUCUCGUCCACGGCACUUGGUCGCUCGCUAUCUGGCUCUGCUCUCACUGGCAAGUGGUUCUCCUCGUCAGCCGCCCCGGAUUCUGGAUGCCGACGCCACAUGGACGCCACUCGUGGACAAAGGGCGCGCAUCGUCGCGCACAAAGUCUCUGUCUGGGCCUGUUCCGCUUGUCCGACCUCCUGCGUUCGAGUCAAAUGUCCUCGGUGGUGAUCAUAUUCAGUGACAUUGGCCAAGUGGCAAGAUACGCGCCGCAACAGAGCGCGUCGACUGAGUGUGUGAUGGUCAAACGCCAGAUGCUGUGGCUGCCCCAAGAGCUCGACAUCGGGCGAAGGGUCAAGCGCCGCAAGGUAAAGGAGGCUGGCCUCAAGGGUGCUCGAACGAGCGAAGGGUCAAGCGCCACAAGAGAAAACGGGGCUAGCUUCAAGGGCUCUGGCAAGAGCGAAGGGUCAAGCGCCACAAGGACAUGGCUGCGUCUAGUGCAAGAGCAGCAAGUUGGGCCACCCGAGGGCGGGCGGGCAUCGCGGGGACGCGGUGUCUGUCCGGGCGCGGACCUUUACGUGGUCCUCGGGAUAAGUUUUGGGGGAUACACGAAGCGUUGGGGUGGAGUUGAGAAGCCGAGUACCAGCUAA